AUGGAAAAUAUCUCAUUAGACAGUUAUUUAGAAGCAUUAUCCAAUACAGGAUGUUCAGACAACACCAAACUUAAGCAAGCAAGUGAGUUUAUAGAGUUAGCAAAGGAAAAGCCAGGGUUUUGUGAAGCAAUGAUGAAAAUUGCAUCUGAUCCAAAAUACAGGCCUGAGGGAGGCUUCGAUGUCAAUUUAGCAGCAGCCAUUCAGCUUAAAAAUAUGGUCCAAUACCACUGGAAGCAUAGUGAUGGAGGUCGGCUAAACGAAUUUAACGAUGAUGAUAUUGAAGAAGAGGAUGAAGAAGAGACCAAAAGUAUCAUUAUUUCUCAAGAAGACAAAGAUUUUGUGAAAGAAUAUAUUAUUAAGGCAUGUGCUCAUGCUCCUUCCUUCGCAGUCCUUGCCCUUCUUGAAGAGAUCGUUCAUGUUGUAGCUAGAUAUGAAAUGCCGUCGAACUGGCCAAAUGUCAUGACAGAAAUCACAGAGCUUCUUGGAGACACUGAUGAAGGAAAGUUGUUUGGAGGUCUAACUGCUCUUAAAGAAGUUGUUCAUAGAUUUGAAUUUGAAUUCAGAGAGAAUAGAGUUCCUUUAGAUGAAAUUGUGGAUACUCUGUUCCCGACCCUAGAAACCAUGUUCGUUACUCUGAUGGAUAACAUGGAAGAAUCAGCAAUGAAGGCUAAGAAUAUUAUCAUGGAUACUCUCUUUUUGGCCAAUAAUGCUAAGAUUUGCAAGAGAUACCAGAACGAAGAGAAUUUCAAUUCCCUUAUGAGUGUUGCUUUAAAGUCCCUCACUCAAGAAAUUCCAGAAGAAUUUACUACCAAGACUGAGAAUACAGAUGAGAUAGACAAGUUAGUAAAAAGCGAGCAUUGGAAAUUGAAAAAGAGGUGCAUCACUCUUCUAAACAGGAUUUUAAUCCAGCUGUCUAACAUAGAUGAAGAAGAGGAAGAGUUAAAUAAUGUUAGCAAGAACUUCUUUGAACAUCAUGCUAAAGAUAUUCUUGACAUUUCCUUCCUUCUUAUUGAAUUAUCUUUGACCAAAUUUGUUUCAAAUGAUGUAGUUUCUUUAGCAGUUAGGAUUGUUAACCGAGCAGAGAAAGUGCCAGACCUAUUUGCAGUAGCACUGCUAAAGCAUGAGGAUAUCGUGUUUAAGUAUUGCUUGCCACUCUUGAUGCUGACUCCUCAUGAUAUUGAGGAAUUUACUGAAAACCCGAUUAGUUAUACAAGAGGUUUGUACAGCUUGACUCAUUGGUCGUCUUCAGUUAGAAGCUACGCAAUUGAUAUGAUGAAUGAUUUUGUUACAUAUAAAGAUGAAGGAGCAGAAGGUGUGCCUCCAAUGCUCGGGAAAUUCUUAAACUACCUCGCUGAAACUUUGAGUAAUCCUAUUGAAGAUUUCAAGCUCAAGGAGAGCAUCAUGCUGGCUAUUGGAUAUCUGUCUCCUCAUGUUUCUCCUUAUGAGGACCUGCACCAAGGAGUUGAGGAUAUUUUGAAGAAUUAUAUCUUCCCUGACCUUCAAGGCGAGAAUGAAUUUCUGAAAGCCAGAGCUCUCUGGCUUUAUGGAGAAAUGCCUAAUUUUGUGAAGGAUCCUCAGCAUGCAAUUGAAGCAGUCUCAAAUAUUUACAAAUGACUUCUGGAUGAUUGCCUCCCAGUCAAAGUUCUAGCAGGUACAUCCUUACACAAGUUGAGCCAUAUUAAGGAGGCAAGAGAGAUUCUUGAACCAGGAAUUGGGAAAAUUUUGGAAGCAUAUCUCAAAGUCAUGCAAGAGAUUGACCAGGAUGAGCUAGUCAAUGCUCUUGAAGAAAUUAUCAAUCUUUUUGAAGACAAAGUAGCCCCUUAUGCUUAUGAACUAAUUGAAGAAGUGAAUAACAGAUUUAAGAAAAUUGCAAAGUCAAGUCAAGAUGCUAUGUGUGAAUCAAUCUUGACAGGAAAUGCUUGCCUCAGCACGAUCAGAACAAUUAUCUCAGCAGUUAGUAAAGACAAAGAGCUACUUGAAAGGGUCGAGGAACUGUUAUACCCAACAAUUUUGUUCUGUUUGACACCUAGAGGAGUAGAAUUUACUAACGAAUGUCUUGAUUUGCCUGCUCUCUUCGUAUACCAUAGAAAGUUUGUCUCUGAAAAGAUGUGGAAAAUCUUCUUCCACCAAUUCAAGAUUGCCAUUGGAGAUGAGAAUGAUGAGGAUGAGGCUAUUGAAGGAGCUUUCGGAUUUGAGUUCAUCCCAAUAAUGAUGUCCUUCUUUCAGAACUGUGUCUCUUUUGGAGGAGAUGCUUUCUUAACUCACAUAAUUGACGACGAAACUCCAGUCCAGUUAUAUACAAAAUCUAUCAAAAGAAUUAUUGAGAUUGAGAGGAACAUGGGAGCAGAAAUUUUCACCACAUCAGUCUGAGCUUUGAAGUUAAUGGGAACUCUCCUUGAGAACCAAUUUGGAAAAGUUGACGAAAUCCUGCCUGAAUUAAUUAGAUUGUUACACUCAGAAUUGGAGCACAAAGGGUUGUCGAAGGGUUAUAAAUCAUCCAUCUUACAAGCAUUCUCCAUGUGAUUCGUAUACAAUACCAACUUGACUUAUAAAUGUCUUGAAGACCAAGGAAUCUGUGAGCACAUGCUUCAGUUUUAUUUCUCAAGAAUGAGCUCGUUUACGCAGACUUAUGAGAUCAGAAGAGUUUUGUAUGGAAUUGCAUCUAUUAUCUCAAAUGAUGUUACUAAAGCUCCAGAGCUACUCAGAAAUGAGAUCUCUACAAUUAUGAACAUCGUAGUUGUCCUCAUCAAUGCUUAUGUCAAUGCCAAGGAGAAAGAAAUCAAUGAAGAGCUUGAAGAAGUCUCUCAGAUGAAGGCUAUUGAAGCAAACGGCCUCGAGGAAAUUGAUGAAUUUAGAAAAAUUCUUGAGAAGAUUAAUGAUAUCAAACAAAAAGAAGGAAAACUCCUCGAUUUUGAUGCUGAUGAAGAAGAACAAAAUGAUCUAUAUGAUCCUGCUGAUGAGCUUAUUUUCACAGCUGCUGAUCUUGAAUUAUAUGAUUCUCCUCUUGAAGAAGUUGAUGCGCCUAUUUAUUUCAAGAAUAUUAUGGAUAAAUUACAGGAGUCCAACCCAGACUUAUACACUGUUCUUACUGGAUCUCUUUCUCAGGAACAGAAUGAUCUCUUAUCUAAAAGCUUUGAGAAGAAUGAAAUGCUUCUGAAGAUAGAAAAGAAGGCAUAAUGUAUACAAUUAGUGAGUUAAUAACAGCAAUAA